CAGGCUCAACAUCUCAUCGGUUUUAUUCGUCCCUAUCCACAUCUUUUCAAGACAAAGCCCACUCGACAACACUUCCCACACUCGCUUGCACUCAACCGUAUACCCACACACAGGUUUCGAUUCACGUUCGUUUCUAGUUUCUGGACACCCACAAAAGUCCUCUAUUUCAACAUCCACGAGCAUCCUUGGCGACAUUCAUGACUAUUCCCGGUGCAUCAAACUUUCUGACCAAGACCACAUCAAGGAGGAACGAGGCGGGAUAAUUUCGGCUCAACCUCAAUUGGAUGGCGACUCAAUCUGUCACCAACAGUACUCUCCCAGCCACCGGGCUGCCCAGAAGUACGAGCGCUGGGACCAUUUCAGCUCGGCAGACAAGCUCUUCAACUGCCAGCAUUCCUCCGCAAACCCAAACCUCAAGCUCUCCGGCAGCCUCAGCAUCCGCCCUAAGCUCCAUAUUUACCAAACAAAACGCACCUUCGGCUCCAGUAACGCAGCACACAGACCCUUUCACUCGGUUGAGCCCUCGAGCGAUCGCCGCAAUUGUCUUUGUUGGCGCUUUCGUGACGGUUCUUUGCCUGGCAAUCUCAUUCGUAUUGUGGCGGAGAAAAGAUCGAAAUCCUCGUUCAAAUACCAAUGACCCCGAGACUCCAUCAACCGUCCAAUGUCAAAAAACCCCUCGGCACAGCAAACGGAAAAAGAGCCAACGCCGUCCUGUGGGCUUGGUCGACGAAACAACCACUACAUUCGUCAAUUCCAUUCGCCCGCCCUCUCCAGUAAGGGCCCGGAUGACAUACAUAGACCAGACUUCCACCAGUCCACCCUGGUCCGUAUUUCUAGGAAGAGGAAAUUCGUCAAUACUCAAUUGGAAACCACACGACGGAAUGCGGCCUCCCCUGAGGCUAUCCAGCGAUACAUUAAUGGUUUUGGACCCAUGGUUAAUGCGAAGAAGUCAGUCUCCUCCUCCACCUCUGCCGUCGUAAACGACCCUCUCAACAGCGGAAGUUUGCAUCCCACCCAAUCGCC